AUGCCAGCCAUCGAUGAUGCCGCUCACCAAACCUGCCGCAGACGCAUCGUGGUCGCAAUGACCGGCGCAACGGGCGCUAUUCUUGGAAUCAAAGCGCUCAUCGCUCUCCGUCGUCUAAACGUUGAAACCCAUCUUGUCAUGAGCAAAUGGGCGGAGGCCACCAUCAAAUACGAAACCGACUACCACCCAGCGAAUGUCAAAGCAUUAGCAGACCAUGUCCACAACAUCAACGACAUGGCUGCGCCGAUAUCGAGUGGUUCUUUCAAAACUGAUGGUAUGAUUAUUGUGCCAUGCAGUAUGAAGACCCUCGCUGCUAUUCACAGCGGUUUCUGUGACGAUUUGAUCUCGCGCACUGCGGAUGUGAUGUUGAAAGAAAGACGGAAACUUGUGCUCGUUGCGAGGGAAACACCUCUUAGCGAUAUUCAUCUGCGCAAUAUGCUGGAGGCUUCCCGUGCUGGCGCGAUAAUCUUUCCACCGGUGCCGGCGUACUAUAUCCGGCCUGGAUCGGUGGAUGACUUGGUUGAUCAGAGUGUGGGGCGUAUGCUGGACUUGAUUGAUUUGGAUACUGGGGACUUUGAGAGGUGGGAAGGAUGGCAGACGGAGAAGUAG